UAGGCCAACGCUAUCGAAUUUUACGCUUAGAACACAUUUAGCAAUUCGUUUUCAUUUAUAUACACAUAGAUAAUAUGACAUAAUAAAAUCUGCGACGAUUAUUAAAACAUAUUUACGGUGAAAACCGCUAUGCUAGGUCCCGCAUACAAACAAGUAGAGCGUGGUAACAACGCACCGGUGCUCCUGCGCACCCGUCAUUCAAACCUUGACAUUCGCGGGUGACACUACACAAUAUGACUUUGGAAAAGUUGCUGUCACAAAUGGGAACAGGGACGAAGCACCUCACUGACAGAUUCACGGAAUACAGCGGACCGAUCCAUGAACAACCGGUAUACUACUCUUACGAGCCUGCGUCCCAGCAUGGGCAUGAAGCAUCUUCGAAACACAACUAUGGCGGCGGGGGACAGAAGAACAACGCUGCCAUGUCCGCGCUCACUUUGUUGGCGUUUCUCUUUUUCCUGCACAUUCUCCAACAGUGCAUAAGGGACCAUAUGACAGACAUGAGCACUCCACAAAUAAUGGUCAUGACUGCCGGAAGAGAGGGCGAGACGAUCUUAAAGAAAAACAGUAUGGAAAAAAUCGAUAAGACCGGUCUAAUGGCAAUAAAAGAGAGUGGCCAACACGCACAUGAUUUAAAUAAAACGAACACCGCAAAUGUAAUUGAUACGAUCGAAAAUAAUUUAAUGAAAAUCGACACGGCCGAGCCGCCGAAAACGCGGCGGAAAUACAAAGGCAACCUUAGUAGUCGUGACAAUUCAAAUUUAACGGUUUUCGAAACAACGGUUAAAUAA